GUACACGGUGUCCGCGGGCAGCAAGCCGGGCGACAACUACCUGGGCCUGCUGUACCGCAUCGAGGUGAGGGAGGGCGAGGCCGCCGAGCCCGCGCUGCGGCUCAUCAUCAAGGGCAUGCCCAGGAGCGAGCGGCGCCGGGAGGAGACGCGCAUCGUCAUCUUCUUCGACAACGAGUGCAACAUGUACCACACCGUCCUGCCGGGCCUGAACCGCUUCGUCACCGGCGCCAUCGGCGUGGACGAGGUGCGCGGCGUGAACGGCGCCCACGACUCGUUCCUGUACACGGCGCCGUUCCACCACGCGCACCAGGGCGGCGUCGAGGGCGAGGACACCAUCGUGCUCGAGGACAUGAGGCCGCUCGGCUUCACGCUGCACGACCGGAAGGUGGGGCUCGACGAGCACCACGUCCGCGGGGUGCUGCGCGCGCUCGCCUACCUCCACGCCGCGUCCAUCGCCAUGCAGGAUCAGCGGCCCGAGGAGUUCGCCAAGCUGCGCGGCCACAUCAGGGAGACGCUGUUCUGCGCGAGCAACCCCUUCGCGUCGCACGUCGACGAUAUGGUGCAGCGAUCCUACGAUUACAUCAAAGAAAGGUUUCCGGAGGGAAGCGCGGGCCACAUCAAGAUGAAGAGUCUAAUGGAAGGGUACAUGGGAAAGAUGGCUAAGCUGACCGCCGAAAGCGAAGACGGCGGUAACGCCAUACUCCAUGGCGACUGCUGGACCAACAACGUGCUCUUCAAGUACAGCAAGGCGGGUUCUGUAGAGGAGGUGUGUCUGCUGGACUUCCAGCUUGCCCGAUUCGGGCCGCCCGUCUUGGACAUCGCGUACCUGCUUUACUGCUGCACAGUCCGCGAGUUCCGCGACAAACACCUCGACAAGCUCCUCAGGGAAUACCACGACCAGCUGUCCGCCAACCUGCGGCGGCUGGGCAGCGACCCGGACAAGGUGUACUCUAGGGAGACCAUGCAGGCGCAGCUGCGCGAGCGCAUGCGCUUUGGCCUGGGCAUGGCCGUGAUGACCGUGCCCCUGUUCCUGGCCGACUCGGACGAGAUCCCCGACAUGGACGAGCAGUUCGACAAGGGAGCGGACAUGAAAGAAGUCAUGGACGUGGAGAGCAAGAGUGCGCCCGAGAGGAACAAGCGCAUCAGCGACGUGCUGGAGGAGAUGAUGGAACGUGGCUGGAUAUGACGGGUGACAACAGCAGCAAUAGUGUCAGGCGAGCCGAGAUAGGGGCUGGCGAAGAGACGCUACAUAAGUUACCACUCAGACGAUUGCCAUCACUCACUAUGCAACCAAAAAGUCUCAGAAGUUGAUCCAUCUGUCCAAAAAGUGGGUGGCAGGUGGCAGCAGCAGCAACAAUAACAAACGAGCACAUUGUUGUUAAACCUGUCACCCCUUUUUCGGAAAUUAAUGAGGGGGGAGGGGGGUGUCAUCACGAUAUUUUAUCAACACAGGGUAAAUUUCUACUUUAAACCACCUAUGAUACAAAUGAAAUUCAAAGAUGAUAUUUUAAAAUAGUAUUAUUGAAUAAACUUAUUGAACAA